AUGCUGCGGGCCGCGGAACAGAUCGCCAAAGUUAUCGGCGAAGACGCCGUGACCUACGACACCGACGUGCUCGAACACCACGGCCACUCCGACUGGUCAACCUCCAACUCGCCCGAACGCGCCGUCGCAGUUGUCUACCCCAAGUCCACCGAGGAUGUGUCGGCCAUCGCGCGCAUCUGCCACCAGCGCCGCGUGCCCAUGGUCCCCUUCGGCGCCGGCUCCAGCGUCGAGGGCAACUUCUCACAACCCCAUUCUGGCAUCUGCAUCGACUUCUCCUUCAUGGACAAGAUCAUCGCUUUCCACCCUGACGAUAUGGAUGUCGUCGUGCAGCCGGGAGUUAACUGGAUGGACCUGAACAAGCACAUCGCCGACAGCGGCCUGUUUGCACCGAUGGACCCCUCCCCUACCGCCACCGUCGGCGGCAUGGUCUCGACCAACUGCUCCGGCACCAACGCCUUCCGCUACGGCACCAUGAAAGAUUGGGUUCUCAACCUCACCGUCGUCCUCGCCGAUGGCACCGUCAUCAAGACCCGCCGCCGCCCACGCAAGACCUCAGCCGGGUACAACCUCACCGGCCUCUUCGUCGGCGCGGAGGGCACCCUCGGGAUGGUGACCGAAGCGACCCUGAAACUAGCGCCCAUCCCACAAGACACCAGCGUGGCGGUGGUAUCCUUCCCCACCAUCCACGCCGCCGCCGCGGCCGCCACCACGCUGAUCCGGUCCGGCAUCCCGCUCGCCGCCCUCGAAAUAAUGGACGAGCAACAAAUGGCCAUCCUCAACAAACACGGCAGCCCGACCGUCCGCAAACGGCACUGGGCGGAGCAACCCACGCUCUUCCUCAAAUUCUCGGGCACCACCGCCGCCGUGCAAUCCGACGCGGCGCGCACCGCCGCGCUGCUCGCCCAAACACCCGGCGGCGGGGGCCACACCAUCCACGUGGCCAGCUCGCGCCAGGAACAGGCGGACCUCUGGGCGGCGCGCAAGGAGUCGCUCUUCACCAUGACCAGCACGCGGCCGGCGGGGUACGAGAUGUGGUCGACGGACGUGGCUGUGCCGAUUUCGCGGCUGGCCGAGAUGAUUGCGUGGUCGCAGGCCGAGUGCGGGCAGCUGGGCAUUUUCGCGUCCGUGAUUGGGCAUGUGGGCGAUGGGAAUUUUCAUGUGGCCAUGAUCUACGACCCGCGCGAUGCGGUGCAGAAGGAGGCCGUGGCCGGGUGUGUGCAUCGCAUGAUGGGGAAGGCGCUGGAGAUGGAGGGCACGGUCAGUGGGGAGCAUGCGAUUGGCAUUGGGAAGAAGGAGUGUUUGCGCGAUGAGCUGGGGGAGGAGACGAUUGGGGUGAUGAGGGCGUUAAAGCACGCCGUGGAUCCGAAGGGGGUUAUGAAUCCGGGUAAGGUGUUUGACUAG